GGUGGUGGGACAUUAAGUCCAUGUGCUUGCAUGUGCUGUGUCUCUCUCUAAAUGGCCCACCAAUUCCCUCCUUUAACCACAUAAAUUGGUUUCUGCACAUUCUUCUAUUUCCCAUGCUUUUCUCUCUCUCGGAUCUCUAAAUCUUCCCAACUAAUAAUCCUUUCUCUCAUUAAACCACAAAUUUCCCAGAAUGAGCAAUCCCAAUUCGUUGAAACGAGAUUUUUUGAAGAAAUGGCUGAUGGGUCUUCAAAUAUACACAACCACCAACCGAAACAUGACCGUCGCCGACAGAAAAAGGGCCAUAAAGUUAUCCGCCGAUAUUGCUUUGGCGUCCUCCAGAAACUGUGCCACUCGUUGGAGCCGAGCUGUCAUUGCUGGCACCUCCGUCCAUGACGGCAGCUUCCUGGUGGCUAACGGCGUAUUGGGUCGUGCUGUAUGCGAGAGAAUCAAGGAAAGCAGUUCAAAAAUCACGCGAAGUUCGUGGUGUAGUGGGAAGAUUCUGAAACGGAGCCGCCGUGUGGGGCGGAGGAAAAAAUGUAGGAAGGCGGGUGCUGAGUGGAUUGCAAAAAGGUUGGUGCAAAAAAGAACAAGAAUGCUUCGUGGGUUGGUUCCCGGAGGUGAAUUUAUGGAUGAAGUUUCGUUAAUUGAAGAAACCCUAGAUUACAUUUUGGCUCUUCAAACUCAGGUUGAUGUCAUGCGGUGUCUUGCAACGACUGCAUACGUAGCGCCACCAUCAUUAUGAGUAUCCAACAUUGGUAUGAUGAAUGGAUGGUGAAACUUAUGGUCUUUUGCUUUAAACAUAUGUAUAGCUAAUUGGGAGUUAAAUGUAGUGAUAAUUUGAAAACAUGGUCUUGUACAUAUUAAAUUUUAUGUAAGUUAAGACAUAUAUUAUUACCCUUUUUAGAAUUGGGUUCGU